UCUGUCUUUCUCCCUCUUUGUCUCUUCCCAUCCCUCUCUCUGACAGGUGACUCCCGCCAUCUCUCAGAGCUGAGGAUUGUGCUGCUGGGGGGAAGACGUGCAGAGAAGAGUUCAUCAGGAAACACCAUCCUGGGCAGAGAGGAGUUUGACCUGAGGACAGCUGCUCAGUGUGUGAAGAGACAGGGAGAAGUAGCAGGGAGGCAGGUCACUGUGGUUGACACUCCAGGAUGGCGGUGGAAUCUCCCUGUAGAGAGGACUACUGAGCUGGUUAAACAAGAGAUAGUACACAGUGUGCCUCUGUGUCCUCCAGGACCACAUACUCUCCUCCUGGUUAUAGACUUGAGUGACUCAUUCAGAGAGGACGAGAGAAGAUCAGUAGAGGGACACCUGCAGCUUCUCAGUAAGAGAGUCUGGAGUCACACUAUAGUGCUGUUCACUCGUGGGGACCGUCUGGGAGACACAACCAUUGAGCAGCACAUUGAGACAGAAGGGAAAGCCCUCCAGUGGCUUGUUGAGAAAUGUGGGAACAGGUAUCAUGUCCUCAACAAUGAGAACAGGGAUGAUGACACUCAGGUCACUGAGCUGUUGGACAAGGUGGAGGAGAUGGUGGCAGGAAACAGAGGAGGUCACUAUGAGAUGGACAGAGAGAUCCUGGAGAAGAUGGAGGAGAGGAGGAGGGCAGAGGAAGAGGGAGCACAACAGAGGCGGAUGAAGGUGCAGGAACAGAGAGAGACUCUCAGAUCACUAAUGAGUGACUCCCUCCAUCUCUCAGAGCUGAGGAUUGUGCUUCUGGGGGGGAGAAGUGCAGGGAAGAGUUCAUCAGGAAACACCAUCCUGGGCAGAGAGGAGUUUGAUCUGAGGACAACUGCUCAGUGUGUGAAGAGACAGGGAGAAAUAGCAGGGAGGCAGGUGAUUGUGGUCGACACUCCAGGAUGGUGGCGCAAACUCCCUAUAGAAUGGACUACAGAGCUGGUUAAACAGAAGAUAGUACACAGUAUGUUUCUGUGUCCUCCAGGACCACAUACUCUCCUCCUGGUUAUAGACUUGAGUGACUCAUUCAGAGAGGACGAGAGAAGAUCAGUAGAGGGACACCUGCAGCUUCUCAGUGAGAGAGUCUGGAGUCACACUAUAGUGCUGUUCACUCGUGGGGACUGUUUGGGAGACACAACCAUUGAGCAGCACAUUGAGACAGAAGGGAAGGUCCUCCAGUGGCUUGUUGAGAAAUGUGGGAACAGGUAUCAUGUCCUCAACAAUGAGAACAGGGGUGAUGACAGUCGGGUCACUGAGCUGUUGGACAAGGUGGAGGAGAUGGUGGCAGGCAACCGAGGAGGUCAUUUUGAGAUGGACAGACAGAUCCUGGGGAAGAUGGAAAUAUGGAGAAGAACAAAAGAAAUGCGGGCGAAACAGAGGGAGGCUAAGGUGAUGAAGCACAGAGAGACCCUCAGAACAUUCAUCAGUGACUCCCUCCAUCUCUCAGAGCUGAGGAUUGUGCUGCUGGGGGGGAGAGGAGACGGGAAGAGUUCAUCAGGAAACACCAUCCUGGGCAGAGAGGAGUUUGACCUGAGGACAGCUGCUCAGUGUGUGAAGAGACAGGGAGAAGUAGCAGGGAGGCAGGUCACUGUGGUUGACACUCCAGGAUGGCGGUGGAAUCUCCCUGUAGAGAGGACUACUGAGCUGGUUAAACAGGAGAUAGUACGCAGUGUGUCUCUGUGUCCUCCGGGACCACAUACUCUCCUCCUGGUUAUAGACUUGGAUGACUCAUUCAGAGAGGAACACAGAAGAUCAGUAGAGGGACACCUGCAGCUUCUCAGUGAGAGAGUCUGGAGUCACACUAUAGUGCUGUUCACUCAUGGGGACUGUCUCGGAGAUACAACCAUUGAGCAGCACAUUGAGACAGAAGGGAAGGCCCUCCAGUGGCUUGUUGAGAAAUGUGGGAACAGGUAUCAUGUCCUCAACAAUAAGAACAGAGGUGAUGACACUCAGGUCACUGAGCUGUUGGACAAGGUGGAGAAGAUGGUGGCAGGAAACAGAGGAGGCCACUAUGAGAUGGACAGAGAGAUCCUGGAGAAGGUAGAAGUGUGGAGAAAAUCAAAAGAAAUGCGAGCGAAACAGAGGGAGGCUAAGGUGAUGGAGCAGAGAGAGAUCCACAGAACAUUCAUCAGUGACUUCCUCCAUCUCUCAGAGCUGAGGAUUGUGCUGCUGGGGGGGAGAGGUGAAGGGAAGAGUUCAUCAGGAAACACCAUCCUGGGCAGAGAGGAGUUUGAUCUGAGGACAACUGAUCAGUGUUUGAAGAGACAGGGAGAAGUAGCAGGGAGGCAGGUCACUGUGGUUGACACUCCAGGAUGGUGGAGAUAUUUCCCUGUAGAGGACACUACUAAUCUGGUUAAACAGGAGAUAGUACACAGCGUGUCUCUGUGUCCUCCAGGACCCCACACUAUCCUCCUGGUUAUAAACUUGGAUGACUCAUUCAGAGAGGAAGAAGCCAGUUCUAUAGAGGGAAACCUGCAGCUUCUCAGUGAGAGAGUCUGGAGUCACACUAUAGUGCUGUUCACUUGUGGGGACUGUCUGGAAGACACAACCAUUGAGCAGCACAUUGAGACAGAAGGGAAGGUCCUCCAGUGGCUUGUUGAGAAAUGUGGGAACAGGUAUCAUGUCCUCAACAAUAAGAACAGGGGUGAUGACACUCAGGUCACUGAGCUUUUGGACAAGGUGGAGGAGAUGGUGGCAGCAAACAGUGGAGAUGUGUUUCACCCUCAGAUGGAUGUCAGUAAAGAAAUUAACUGGAGUUCUGAAGAGUAUCAGAUGUCACCACUGCCUGUGACAAAAGUCAGGAGUAUAGACAUCCCUCCGAACAUGAGUGGAGACAGCAGAGCUGAGACAGACUGUGAUUCUGGUUGGAAAUCUGAGGCUGGAUCUGAGGCUGGAUCACUGCUGACACCUGAGAAGUGGGGAGGUGGUAGAUCUGAUGUCCUGUCUCUGAGGAGCUCUGGCUACGGCUCCCAGACGUCCAGACCUUCUGGAUCUGCAGAGGAGCAGCUGCGUUGUGCAAGACUGGCGUUUGUGGAGCGAGUGUCCAAGCCUGUCCUGGAUUAUCUGCUGGAUGGACUUCUGCAGGAGAGUGUGAUCAACAAUGCCGAGAAAGAUGAAGCGAAGGUGGAGACACAGAGGGCAGAGAGAGCACGGGCCACCAUUGACAUGGUCCUGAGGAAAGGAGAUGAGUCAUGUUCUGUGAUGAGACGCCUCCUGUGUGAUAUGGACCCCUACUUAUAUUCAACACUUGGCUUUAAAUAAUGCUGAAUAGGAUGAAUUUAUAGCGAUUCUUCAACAAAAUGCUGGUAAAAUGUUUCAGUCUAGAAACUGAUUAGUGGCAUGUGUAAUGGCAUUUUUUGAUAUAGUUACUAAGAAUGUAUUUUUAAUAGACUGAGGUUGUGUUUAAAC